GGGAUGUUGCUUCUCCCGCUGCUUCUACCGCCGUGUGGACACAACUCCGCGGGUUUCCCACCACAGGAGCGGCCCCUCGCUUGGGCUGCUGCCUGCUGCUCAUUUGGGAUGUUAUCCCACCUUCGUUCUGUGAACGGGAAGGAAAAACAGGUGUGAACAUGGCGUUCCUUUUGCUGCGUCAUGAGGAAGACACCACCAAGAUGACAAUCAGACAAGUUAUAUCUGUCCUGACCUCAUCCUGACACACCCUCCUCAUCAUCACAGUUCCUGGUGGACGUUUUAUACUUUUUUUUUUAACUUUCUAAAAGAAUCAGGGACAUAACUCUCCAGGAUGAGAUGACAAAAACCUCUUAACCUCAGUCUUCAUCUUCAAACUGAUUUGAAAUUAACUAUCAGGCCUGUGGCUCUGCACGUUGCCGGACGUCCUCUGACCUUGUCAAAUUAAGCCAUUAUGGGAGACAGGAGCUGGGUAUGUCUGAGCCCGGCUGAGUUCAACCAGCUGCAACAGUACAGUGAGUACUCAACAAAGAAGUUAAAGGAUGUUCUUGAGGAGUUCCACGGUGACGGUGUGCUCUCCAAAUACAACCCUGAGCAGCCAAUCGACUAUGAGGGCUUCCAGCUCUUCAUGGCCACCUACCUGCAGAACGACAUCCCGGAUGACCUGUGUAAGCACCUCUUCACCUCCUUCAAGAGCAAAACGGGUGGCACCUCGCCUAACCAUUGUCGAGCAGCAGAAAGCUUACUAGAGUCCUGCUCCAUUGAUGCUGGUAUCUCAAUUCACACCGAGGUGGCCUGUGCCCCCAUCACAGGCAUGAAUGGUAAGAGCAUCCUUUCGGCGAUGGGUCGACAUACGCCGGAGCUUGCCUGCGGUACUGGGGCCACCACCUCACCAUCGUCAUCUCGCUCCUCCUCGCAGAGGUCCCGAACCGGGGCACACACACCCGGGGGGCCUCAUCGCUCUCCGUGUAGCCAGGUCAAGCCUUUCCAAAGCAACAAUAACACCUUGACCCCCAACGCUGGUCCCGCCCGAUCGCCAGUCUCGCCCCCGAAACUCUCACCAGAGAGAAGUCGCUCUGAGAAGCAUUUGUCGCUGCAGAGGAGCCCAGCGCUCCACAAAGGAUCUCCUCAGUCAUUGCCACAGGUGGUCUUCCUUAAGGACAUCGUCUGCUACCUUUCUCUGUUGGAGCGUGGCACGCCAGAGGACAAGCUGGAGUUCAUGUUCCGGCUGUACGACACGGACGGCAACGGCGUACUGGACAGUUCGGAGCUGGACCGCAUCAUCAAUCAAAUGGUACAUGUCGCCGAGUAUCUGGAGUGGGAUUCAACAGAACUACGGCCGAUUCUGAAGGAAAUGAUGGAGGAGAUUGACUACGACCGGGAUGGCACAGUCACCCUGGAAGAGUGGAUCCGAGGAGGCCUGACCACCAUCCCCUUACUGGUUCUGCUCGGCAUGGACGCGAAUGUGCAGGAAGACGGCCAGCACGUUUGGCGCCUCAAGCACUUCAACAAACCGGCCUAUUGUAACUUUUGUCACACGAUGCUCCUGGGCGUGCGCAAGCAGGGCCUCUGCUGCUCCUUAUGCAAGUACACGGUGCACGAGCGCUGUGUGUCCAAAGACAUCGCCACCUGCAUCAGCACCUACGCCAAGUCUCGCAGGCACACCAACGCUAUGCAGCACGUGUGGAUAGAGGGCAACUCCCCAACCAAGUGCGACCGAUGUCACAGGAGCAUCAAGUGUUACCAAGGCCUGACCGGCCUCCACUGUGUGUGGUGUCAGAUCACUCUUCACAACAAAUGUGCUUCCCACGUGAAGCCAGAGUGUGAUGGAGGGGCCUUGAGGGACCACACUCUGCUGCCCUCCUACAUUUGUCCCGUUGUCCUGGACCGCCAGUCAGUGGUGAAACGCGGCGAGGGAGGAUCGCCUCCCUGCAUCAGCCCGGACGACAUCAACCAGAUUUUCAAAUUCUCCCCCGGAGACGGACAAGCCCUGCAGAUCUCACCCUUCCCAGGCACUCACCCGCUACUGGUGCUGGUCAAUCCUAAAAGUGGUGGAAGACAAGGGGAACGGGUUCUCAGGAGGUUCCGGUACCUUCUAAACCCACGGCAGGUGCACAGUUUGGACCAAGGUGGACCAGCAGUCAGGAUCAACUUUUUCCACGACGUCCCAGAUUUCCGCGUGCUUGCGUGCGGCGGCGACGGCACCGUAGGUUGGAUCCUGGACUGUAUAGACAAGGCCAACUUUGCUCGGCACCCUCCAGUGGCCAUCCUCCCGCUGGGGACAGGCAACGACCUGGCACGGUGCCUCCGCUGGGGGGGAGGAUACGAGGGAGGCAGUUUACUCAAGUUCCUGAGUGACAUCGAGCAGAGCAUUGAGGUGGUGCUGGAUCGCUGGAACAUUGACAUAGUGCCUGAUGACAAGAAGGAAAAGGGUGAUCCGGUGCCGUACAACAUCGUCAAUAACUACUUUUCCAUCGGAGUGGAUGCUUCCAUCGCCCAUCGGUUCCAUCUGAUGAGGGAGAAGCACCCGGAGAAGUUCAACAGCAGAAUGAAGAACAAGCUGUGGUACUUUGAGUUUGGCACCACCGAGACUAUUUCAGCCACUUGCAAGAAGCUCAACGAGUGCAUCGAGGUCGAGUGCGACGGAAUCAUAUUGGAUCUGAGCAACACCUCUUUGGAGGGUAUCGCCGUGCUGAACAUUCCCAGCAUGCACGGCGGCUCCAACCUUUGGGGUGAAACCAAGAAGCGGCGGAAUUACAACCGCAUGAGCAGGAAGGUUCCCGACAGGAUGCCAGGCAGCACUGUCACUGACUCCAAAGAGCUCAAGUUUUGCAUGCAAGAUUUUAGCGACCAGCUGCUGGAGGUGGUGGGCCUGGAGGGGGCCAUCGAGAUGGGUCAGAUCUACACAGGACUGAAGAGAGCUGGGCGCCGCCUGGCUCAGUGUGCAAAUGUCACCAUCAGGACAUCCCGUAGACUGCCCAUGCAGAUUGAUGGUGAGCCUUGGAUGCAACCUCCAUGCACGAUCAGGAUCACCCACAAGAACCAGGUUCCCAUGUUGCUGGGUCCACCUCAGAAGACACCCUUCUUUAUUUUCAAGAAGCGCAGCCGGGACUAGAACACGCACGUCUAUAUGCAUUCCCAGCGGUCUCACAAUACAGUAAUGAUUUAAAAAUAAAUAAAUAAACCAACACCAACUAUACAAUAUAUAGUGUAUUGUACAGGCAGCUCAACCAGGUUUGGAACUCUCCCAGUGAUGCCUCCAGUCAACAGCCAACACUUGGCAAACACCUCCCGAGCGUGAAAACAACUGCGAAGGAAGUGAUGCAAGAACGACAACAGGAAGUUGCCUUACUAGGCCAGCUCAGAACAAGUGGCAUGAAAAGCCAUCAGAAAUAAUUAAGCAUCUUGUAUGAACACUCUAUUCUGGAAGUGAAUCAGCUUCAUCCAUUAUUGAUCCCUUUUGUUGAGGGCUGGAUGGCAGUGGGUCGUCUGGAAUGGAAGCAAAUGGCGGGAUUUGUGCAUCCCUUUACUGCAAACUGACUUCGGUGGCACGGACUUAAAAUGUGAAAGGUGAUAUUUAAGUGGUCCAAUUUCUGUACAUCCCCUCAGGGACUAAGAGCCCGACCCCUGCAGGUUUUUAUGUACCAAAGCUAAAACUGUGAUUCCAACCCCCUCCCACUGCCUUUCUAAAUGGAUCCCACUAUUUUGGGAAGAGUCAAUUCGCCUCCCACGAAACAUGAAGCCUGGUUAUCACAUGGAAUGGCGGCUUCGCACUGCAUAUGUCCCAACUGUCAAAAAUUCAGAGAAUAAGUCAAAGAUAAGUCAAAUUGAAGAACAACGCAGUAGUUGUGCUCACAGUAUUUGUAUAUAUCAGUAAUGUAGGAUUAGAUCACAUGUACUGUGCAUACAAUGGUGUUUUAAUAUAUCCUUGUCAUUGUUAGCUCAUCACUUCAUGUCAAUGUUGUUCAUAAUCACCACUGGCCAAGAGGUUUACCCCUAAGUUGAAUUUGGAUCCAUCUUCUAGUCAGCCACUGGAAAUCGUUUUAGUUUUAAAAUGUUAGACUGAUUUUCUUGACUGAAAAGGUUAUGCCUUGUGGAAGUUAAAUACACACAGAAAUACUGGUCAGCUGUUUGGAAUUUUACACCAUGGUCCCAUCUUAAGAAUUAUCGUAAAUCAAAUCUGUCACCGUGUCUAUGUCGUCUUAAUAUUCAGGGCGCUGGUACUAUUGUGCAAAUAAGACACAUACAUAAAACAAAGACAGAAUUAAUAAAUCAUGUAAUGAAAGUGAAUUGCAAAUAUCAGAUAUAAAAGGAUGCUGGAAUCUGAAAGUGAGUCCGCUUACUUCAAGAAAUUCCAGUGAAAAACUAUAUAGCAAAACACAAAAUAAAUCCUUUUAUUUCAAACUCCUUUCUUUGUCAGACCAUUCCCCCAGAAAAAUAGGCAUACAACAAUUGUAAAGUAACAUUCAUGGAUAAGAAGUUCAAGCAUCUAUUUUUUUUUAUUCUCAAUCGUCCUACACAUGAUGUUAACCACUGUACUGUAAAACGUAUAAAAAACAAACUGCUGUACAUUAACUUUGACAACAAGAGACAAAAUACAGUUUGGUGAAAAAUAGACUUACUGCUUUGAAAGUGACGUGACUUGCUGUGUGGGUCCCUCCGUUUGUUAAUCAUACUGACGUACGACAUAAGAACGUUCGGACGGCGUACAAUUAACUAGCUUGCACAGCGGCAUACAAAUACGACAUAAAGCAGCACGAGAAGACACUCAGUUAUUGCCAUCAUGACUUCUUUUCAUUUGAUUGUUUUAUAUUUAUUACCAACAAAUGUUUUUCAUUCAAAUAUUUCAUGCAAUUUUGACAUUACUAUUACGUUCGCAUAAGUUCGUGUUAGGCUAUGGCAUGUUCCGAUUGUACACAAAUUUGGGUAAAGUCGCCACUGUAGCCGCUCAAUUCCUGUGAGUGUCUUAGUAUGUUGUUAAGAUUUGGUAGCAAUCAGAUAAGAUCUCAAGGACAACUCAAUUUUUCAAUAACACUGUGAAAAUGAUCCCUACAAUGCCUGCUUCAAACCAAAUGGGAGACUUCCUGUGUCAAUUCAGGCAUGGGUUUUUAAAGAUUUUUUGUGGAUUGAAUCAUGAUAAGCAUGCAUAUCAAAUUUCACAUCGCUAAGGCAAAAUGCGUUGGAGACAGAGUUAGUGAAAUCCCUAAUAAAUAGACACAUUUUAGUUCUAUUUUGAUUACUGGCAUAAAUCAGGUGGGAGGCGUGGCUUAAAUGUGCACAUGUGGGUUAGAACCAAUGUUGGAAAUUUCAUAAACCAGCACGCUAAAAGAUGGACGUCUCCAUGUUGCGGGUGGGAUCACAGCUGAUUACAAUCCUGUCCAAUCAAAGCAGCUCCUCUCAUUCACUUUUUAUGUGCCAGACUAGAAACACAGAAAAUCUAUGACCCAGGUGUCAAACUCAAGGCCCUGGGGCAAAAUCCAUCCCGCCACAUGAGUUUAUGUAGCCCGCGAAGGCAAAUCAUAUGUCAACUUCCAUCAUUCUUGUGAAAAUUUGGACCAAAAUUUCAAAUUGUUAUGUAUCAUUAAUUAUAACAUGAAGAUAUAAUGAAGAUUUUUGUAUUACCCAACAUUGUGUGUUUCUUUCAGCUUGUCCCAGCGUUCUAUAUAUAUGUUUGGCACAAUUUUUACACCGGAUGCCCUUCCUGUCGCAACCCUUCUCAGGGAGUGAAGGCCCCAGUGGGAUAUGAACCCACAAGCCCUGGUUUACCAAAGCAGUGCUCUAACCACUGAGCUGCGGGCCCUUAUGAACUGUAUUACCCACCAUUAACAAUAGUUAAAAACCCCAUUACCCUUGAUUUCUGAUUCCAAAACAACUUCAUAAAUUUCAUGUGGCAUAUGAUGAGACGAUUAAAAAUUAUUAUGGUUUCUCAGUCAUAACGGCCCUUUGAGGGAAAGAGUAACUCCAAUGAAAAAACGAUUUUGACACCUGUGGUCACAGACACGAUGAGGCAACUGUUUUGCUCAAGUCGAGGAUGUCAAAGUGCACAGAGUACGUUGAUACACAACUGACUUGUCAAUCCUUUUCAACCUAUAUCCAACUGAAUAGUACAGUACAAAAACUAUAUUUUUUGUAAUUGAUAGGCUCUUUUUUCUUCUUUUUUUCAAAUAUUUACUCAUUUUGAAUGUGAUACCUGCAACGUGUUCCAAAAAAAGCUAGGACAGGGGCAUGUUUAUCACUGUUACAUUCCCUGUCCUUAUAACAACACUUAAUAAGAGUUUGGGAACUGAGGACACAAAUUGUUGAACCUUUGUCGGUGAAAUUUAUUUGCAUUCUUUCUUCAUGUACAACUUCAGUUGCUCAACAGUCCAGGUAUGGUCUCCAUUGUCAUAUUUUGAGCUUCAUAAUGGGCCACACAUUGUCUUGCUGAUGUUUCAUAGAUGGCAGUAUAUCUUCCCAAUGGUACCUUCACAGAUGUGUAAGUUAGCCACACCAUGGGCACGAAAACAAUCUCAUAUCAUCACAGAUGCUGGCUUUUGAACUUUGCGCUGAGAACAAUCCAGAUGGUCCUUUUCCUCUUUGACCCUGAGGACGCAGCCAUGAGUUCUAAAUUAAAGUUCUACAAUUUGAAACAUGGACUUAUCAGACCACAUCAAUCAUUUCCACUCCUUGACAGUCCAUCUGAGAUGACCUGGUGUUGAUAUAGUAAAUGCCUUUCGCUUUGCAUGGAAGAGCAACUUGGAUUUGUACAUGUAGCAACAAACACUAUUCUUUGUACAAUUACACCAGUUUUUAAUGCAGUGCCACCUAAGGGUUCUAAGGUGACAGGUAUUCUAUGUUGAUUUCAACCUUGCUACACAUUGAAUAGUUUGAUGGUAUUAGGGAAUGCAGAUAAUGAAAUUUUGAAGUGAACAAUUAAGCCUUUGGGUGAUCCCCAUGACACUCACCUGUUUAUAACUAACCUGUUCAGCAGUGGAAAGUUCUCAACAGAUACUUUUUGAGCAUUUACUAGUCUUUUUUUUUUUUUUUUUUGCACCAGUCCCAGCUUUCAUGGAACAUUGCAGACAUCAAAUUCAAAACGAGAGCAUAUUUGCCCCCAAAAAGUUUAGCAGAUUGAACAUGAUCUUGUUUUGUAUUAGUAGUACUUGUAGUAUUUGUAUUAAUUUACUCAUUGAAAAGGAUUUGGAAUGUAGUAUUAAUUUACAUUUACAUUUUACACAAUGUCCAAACUUAAUCGGCAUUUGUAAGAAUAAUAAUGUGUUUGAUGAAUCAAUUUCUACAAUGAAUGUGAGAGGUUGAUGCUGGCUGUUCGCAUUUAUGAUUGAAUUGCGUCUGACAUCCACCACACGUCUGCUCACAAUUUACCUGCCCAUACCCUGAUCACAUUUACUAAAGUAAUGUUAGACCAGGGGUCUACUCUACAUACUGUUCCGGACUUGAUGUGGUCACAGCAGGUCUAGGUUUAGACCGACUUUCUGCGACCAAAUUGUCACAUGGGUGCAUGUCAAGUGAUAAACCCUCGUUGCGACGGAAUUUUCACCUUGUCCAAAUUGGCAAAUAGCCAACUUUGUGCUUAUACAAAAAUCUGAAUCCACUGGCAUUUACACCUCUGCACAGAUACACAGUGUACAAAAUACCCCCCAAAAAAAUGGUGAGAUGCUGUUCAUGCUUUUCAGCAGGUCGCUUGUAAUGCUGACUUGACAGGGAUGCGUUUGUUCAGAAUUUGACUUUUGGGGAUAACUGUCUCAGUCCAAUGUUGUUUGCAAGAUGCCCAGUGUGAAAUGAAUGAAAUUGUGCUAAGGUUUGAGGCUUUAUGACCUUUACACCUGUUUUCCCUUUAAACUUGCACUGAGUUCACUUCAAACCUGAUACAAAAACAUUGAAACUGUACAUAACUUAAACUUUGUAUGUGAGCGUGUGAGUGCGUGCGUGCAUGUGUGUGUGAGAGUGUAGGAGGGGAUGAUUGCAUAUUUACUAUCGCGCCACAUUUACUGUUCAAACAAUGUCAUAAACCACUAAUAACCACAUUGAAUGUAUAUACACUACGUGUCGUGCCGUCAUCAAACCACAUGCCUGCUGUAACAACAAUAGAGUGAACAAAAUUAGAGGAGAUACUAAAAAAUGUUGUCCUGGCUUGAUUUCUUUAUUAUUUUAAACAUUAAGUGUGACGCAUUGAGUUAGCCGCAGUUAUCAGCUAUAUGUUAUUUACUUAACUUAAGUAACUUGUUGGAUAUUUUGUUCUUUUCUGGAUAGUUUUAAUGAAACAUACUUUGACUUUUACCUGCGAAUUUUUGAUGGAUGGAUGGAUGGAUUUUGAUUUGACAGAGAUGAACUAUACUUGUUAUUUGACUAUUAUAUCAUGUUUCACCAAUCCCCAUCAAUGCUAGUGACGUUUGAGGCCACUUGACCAAUCAAACGGAGCUAGGCUGUCACAUGACCACGCAGUCUCCAUGCUGCAGUUCCUCACAGGAGCAAAGCUUUCAAAGUGAAUCAUUUACAUAAAACAGGUCAAAAUUUGAUAUUUCAUUUAGCACAUAGGACAUAUUUCACUCAGACUGAGGGAGGAUAAUCAGCAUAUAAAAUGAAUGGAUGAACUACAACCAUGUCAUGUGCUGUCAUUUGUUUCUACCUUUAAAAAAAACGGCCACGGCAAAUCUACUUGGAACUUUUUUAGUCCACAUUUGCAAAAUAUAAUUUUCUUGGACAUGAAAGCAGUAAGUGACUGUAAAUUCCAGUUGAUUCAAUCCAAACGGACCUCAUGGAGCUCUCUGUUCCACCCUGUAGAAAAGGUUGUGCCUUUUCUAAAGUAACAGGGGGGAAAACAGCAAUAGCACUGAAGGCAAAGAUGUAAG